AAACAGACCAACCAAGAAAAGGGCAGAAUUGGAAACCUAAUCGAAGGCCCCAUCCAUCGCCUAUAUAAACACGGCCACUUUAGCUCUCUCUCUCUCCCUCUCCCUCUCCCUCUCCCUCUCUCAGUUAGUAAUAGUAAUAUACAUUAAUCCAAUUCCGCUGCUCAUUCAUUACAUCACCAUAAUCUCCCGAUCGAUAUGCCUUCCCCACUAAUUCCACUGCUCCUGUUUCUCUUCCUCCGCCUCCAUCCCAUCGCCGUCUGCGGCGCAAAACCCCGCCACGGCUUCGGGCAUUUGGGCCGGACCCAUUCCCGACCCCACGCCAAACCUCCACUCCCCAACUCUCCCGCCGUUCCGCCGCCUCCUCCGGCGACUCCGUGGCGCCACCACGUGUUCCUCAACUUCCGGGGACCCGACGUCCGCCACGCCUUCUCCGACCACCUCUACUACGCCCUCAUCCGGAAAGGGAUCAAGGCCUUCCGCGACGACCGCGACCUCCCACGCGGCGAGAACGUAACGGAGGCCAUCCCACGCGCCAUCGAGGACUCCAAGCUCUCCAUCGUCGUGCUCUCCAGAGGCUACGCGUCGUCGGAGUACUGCUUGGACGAGCUGGUCAAGAUCAUGCUGACCAUGAAGGAGAAAGGACACCAGCCUUUCCCGGUCUUCUACAAACUGUCCCCCAACGACGUCGUACAUCACCAGUCGUCGGGGUGUUACAAGGAAGACUUCGACCGUCACAAGAAGGUCUAUAGCUACGAGAGGGUGAAGAGCUGGAGCCACGCGCUCACUUCCAUUGCCGAUAUCUCCGGCUGGGUUCUCCACAGUGAGAGAUCGGAAGCGGAAAUGGUGGAGAACAUAGCGAAGAACAUGAUGUGGAAGGUCCACGAGAUGGGUAGGGCUUCCGACAUGGCGAGUGGGGCGAGUCAGUCGAUUCGGCGAUUCGAAACGGGGAAGCAGCAGCAGCAGCAAUUUACGAAUCUGUUCAUAUGCGAGAAUGACGGGGACGAUGGUGAUGGUGAUGGUGUGGUUAGGAUCUGUGGUAGGACAAAUAACGGAGAAAGGAAUGUCAGUUUCCAAAAAUUUGUUGUUUUUGACCAUUCCACUACUGCUGCUGCUGCUGAAAACCUAGGGUCUCGUCCGCCUCCAAACCCAGCAGGCGACACCAGUACUACGCCUUCCCCUUCUUCUGUACCGACCAUGGAGACUAGUGCCGGCGGGAGCUCGCACACCGAUGAAGUUAAAAAUGGUUCUUCCUGCCACGGUGAUAAGCAAGAAAACGUCACCGAAGAACACGAUCAACGUUAUCAAGCUCCGGCUGCUUCAAAAGGGGCCUCCCGAGAAGAAGAAGAUGGCGAUGAUCAGAAGAGGAGGUUGUGGAUGUCCAGAACCUGCACCUACGACAGAAACAAAAACAACCAUAAUCAUCAUCAUAAACAAGAAGAAGCAGACCAACAGCAACUGAAAUUCAUCAAGCCAGAAAUCUCACCGCAAGGCAAGAAGACGGCCAGAAUCCCCAGGACAGUCGCCCAAGAAGAAAUCAAGAAAUUCUGGGACUUCUCCUUGAUCGGGCAGCAGCUAUCCGACACCUCUCCUCAUCAUCAUCAUCACCAAAACACAACCACCCUCCUCAACGCAGCCAACAAGCUGUGGAACAUAUCGUCGUCAAACAAAGGAAGUUGGAUCGAGGUGAAGCAAGUGGGAACGGCCCGAAACGGGCUCUACAUCUUCACCUUCUCCAGCCAAAACAUACGCGACCGCGUGGUGGAGUCUUCCCCGUGGUGCAUCGCCAACGCAACGUUCGUGAUGCGGAAGUGGCAGCCCAACCUGCAGCUCGCGAGCCUGGCGAGGGAGCGCUCGUCGGCGAUCCCGGUUUGGGUGAGGCUGGUCGGGGUGCCGGUGGAGUACAUGAACGCCAAGGGGCUGAGCUACAUCGCGAGUGUGCUUGGGAAACCGCUCUACAUGGACCGGGCCACCGCUAGCCGGUCUCAGCUGGCGUUUGCCAAGGUGUGUGUGGAGAUGAGGCUGAGUGAAAAGGGGGUGUCGACCAUAGUUGUGGCGCUUGGUGUUGGUGAUGAUGAGAAGGAUGGUGGUGGUAAUGGUGUGGUGGUGGUUGUUGUUCGAGUGAUCUACCAAUGGAGGCAUUGCAUGUGUAUAUCUUGCCAGCCUACUACUGCCGAGACGACUUGACUUAGAAUUAAUGUGAGAGAGAGAGAUAGAGACGCAAAAUAUUAUAAGAAGACGAAGAGUGAAGACCCAAGACUUUUUCGGAAUGGCCAGGUCGUCGUGCGAGUUCAUGUUCACCAACCCUUCACCAUUAGGCUUUUUCCACUUCAAUUACCUACAUACAUCCGGGAAGAACACGACCCCAAUUACAAUACCUAGCUAGGGGAAGCUUCCUGUUGAGUUCAUUGGCUUAUGUAUUAAUUAAUGGGGGAAUAAUUG